CUUCAGUCGCGGUCCUCGCGGAGCCACGAGAGCUUUUUCUUAGUAUUCGCUCCUAACUUUUUGGAGCUCGGUUCUUACAGCGAAAACUCUGAGAUUGCACAAAGCUGGAAUCUUUCUGCUGUCUUGGAUGAUGGGUUGAAGAACAAGAAGAAGAAGAAGAAGAAGAAGAAGGAUUACUGAAUCAAAAGGAAAAAUUCAAAAAAAAAAAAAUGAGAGAGAAAAUGGCGAGCCCUGUGGUUGGAGGAAGAAUCUGCGAAGAAUUUUCGCUAGGGUAUUAUGGAGUGUGCGCCAUUGGAGGAAUGUUGAGUGCUGGAACUACCCAUCUCGCCAUGACCCCUCUUGAUGUACUCAAAGUCAAUAUGCAGGUGCACCCGCUCAAGUACAAUAGUAUACCAACAUGCUUUAGCACUCUCCUAAGAGAACAAGGUCCCUCGGUCUUUUGGAGAGGAUGGGGUGGGAAGUUUUUCGGGUAUGGUGCUCAGGGUGCUUGUAGGUUUGGUCUAUAUGAAUACUUCAAGAAGGUGUACUCGAAUUUGCUGGUGGAUCAAAAGAAGAGUUUGGUAUUCUUUCUAAGCAGUGCAUCGUCUGAAAUGAUUGCUAAUCUCGCUCUCUGCCCGUUUGAGGCCAUCAAAGUUCGUGUACAAGCACAGCCUCACUUCGGGAAAGGCCUUGCUGAUGGAUUCCCCAAGUUAUAUGCAUCUGAAGGCGUUCGCGGCUUAUACAAAGGGCUUAUACCACUGUUGGGCCGUAACCUACCAUUUUCAAUGGUUAUGUUUUCAACCUUCGAGCACACAGUGGAUUUUCUGUACCAAAAGAUAAUUCAGAAGAGGAAGGAUGACUGCUCACGAUCUCAACAACUUGGAGUGACAUGUUUAGCGGGAUAUGCUGCUGGAUCUGUUGGUAGCAUCGUUUCCAAUCCGGCUGACAACAUCGUUGCCUCCCUUUAUAACAAGAAGGCUAAGAGCCUGAAAUUGGCUGUGAAAAAUAUCGGGCUUCUUAAUUUAUUUACGAGAAGUCUUCCUAUAAGGAUAAUGCUGGUUGGUCCGUCUCUCACUUUGCAGUGGCUGUUCUAUGAUACCAUUAAAGUUUUAAAUGGAUUGCCAACAAGUGGGCAUGUCAGCAGAGGUAUUGAAGGAGAUGAGUCAUGUAAAUGAUGUCUGGUCUGCUUUUGAUGUUUGUAGGUAAUGCCUAAGUUUGACUCCAUGGAAUUAAGGAUGGGGAAUUUUGAUAGAUGUAGCAAAUAAGUUACAAACCUUAUCGCCAAGGUUGCUUGGUUCGAGAAUUCUUAUACGGUUUUUUCUCUCAGAGGCUACUUGCUUGAUGAGUUUUGUAUGGCUCGGUUCAAGGACACUAGAAUAAGUACAUAGAUAUCACAAAAUAGUGCAUUUAAAUGAUGCUAUCAAGCAUGCACGAUAAGCUUGGGCUUUCGAGUCUUGGAGUGCUUCAUAAGUUGUUUUAUUCAAUUGUUUGAGUUGGAUUUAUUGGGGUGGUAUGGUACCCAAUAUUCCAUAGGUACACAAAUACUAAACUCUGUUUUGAAUAUGGUUAUGUAUGACCUAUGAACUAUGACAGGAAUAUUGUUAGCAUGUGGCUAGGUCUCAGUUCUGCUUAUACCUUGCUGCAUAAUAAUACUCUGCCUCUCCUUUCUUUUGCUGCA